AUGACGGCCAACGACAAUAUGCCAGCCGCGAAUGGGCAGAACGGCGACAGUCACACAUCCAUAGCGGCCGACUACGAUCUGUCUCGCCCAAUUGAUUCCACAUCUGGUCUUCGAGCAGGCCUCACUUCGUACGGUGAUGCGCAUUUCUCACUCUUCCUGCGAAAGGUCUUCAUCAAAGCCCUGGGCUAUUCCGACGCCGCACUCUCCUCGCCCAUUAUUGGCAUCAUCAACACUUACUCGUCCUUCAACCCCUGUCAUUCCAAUGUCCCGCAGCUCAUCGAGUCUGUCAAACGGGGUGUCCUGGCGUCCGGUGGUCUGCCCGUUGACUUCCCGACCAUCAGUGUGCAUGAGAGCUUUUCUAGCCCGACAAGCAUGUACCUCCGGAACCUGAUGAGCAUGGACACUGAGGAGAUGAUUAAGGCUCAGCCCGUCGACGCGGUAGUCAUGAUAGGCGGGUGUGACAAGACAGUCCCGGCUCAACUGAUGGGCGGCAUCUCAGCGAACAAGCUCAUGCUACCUCUCAUCACUGGUCCGAUGAUGCCUGGCUCGGUCGAAGGCGUCAGGGUGGGUGCAUGUACUGAUUGCCGGAGUUACUGGGCACGGUACCGCGCUGGCAAUGUCGACCUGGAGGACAUCAUGUCGGUCAAUGAAGAGCUCGCGCCCACGGGAGGUACGUGCGGCGUCAUGGGCACGGCGUCGACCAUGGCCUGCAUCACUGCAGGCUUGGGCUUGCUGGAACUCAAGUCUGGUGCCACUGCGGCGGCUGUCAGCUCUGCAAGACUUCGAGUAGCAGAACAAGCUGGACGCGAUGCCGUUGCCAUGCUGAAGAGGGACGGAAUGAAACCCCAAGAUCUCCUUACCAGGGAGAGCUUUUUGAACGCAAUCACGGUCCUACAAGCCAUUGGCGGGAGCACCAAUGCCGUCGUGCAUCUGAUGGCCAUCAUUAACCGCCAUCCAAAGGUGGCAGGCACAAUCGACUUGAAAACCUUUGACGACAUCGGCAGGAAAACGCCACUCCUGGUCGACCUCAAGCCGAGCGGCGACAACUACAUGACCGAUUUCCACAACGCGGGCGGCAUGCUGGCGCUGUUACAUACCUUGAGACCAUUACUGCACCUCGAGGCAAGGACUUACACGGGUCAGACUCUCGGCGAGCUUCUCGAUUCCACCACCUUCAAGUCAUUUUUGUACUCGCGACAGAUAAUUCGCUCGCUUGAGGAUCCCCUCUACCCUAGCUCGAGUCUAUUGGUUUUGUAUGGGAAUAUUUGUCCAGACGGUGCCGUGAUGAAAGCCUCUGCGUCCAAGAACCGAAAUCUUCUCCACCAUCGUGGCUCGGCUUGUGUCUUUGAGAAUAGCGCAGACAUGGCCAGACGUAUUGACUCUCCGGAUCUUGAAGUGGAUGAGAACUCGAUCUUGAUACUGAAGAGCAUAGGACCCGUGGGCAAUCCCGGCAUGCCCGAGGCCGGCCUGAUCCCGAUACCGCAAAAGCUGGGCAAACAAGGCGUGGCCGACAUGUUGCGGAUCAGCGAUGGCAGAAUGUCAGGGACUGCUGGAGGCACGAUCAUCCUGCAUAUCUCACCAGAGUCUGCUGAUCUGGACUCGGUCUUUGGCAUCGUGCAGACAGGAGACAAGAUCGUUUGUGACGUUGAAAACAGGAAACUGGUCUUGGAUGUGGAAGAUCAGGAGAUCACGAGGCGCAUUGCAGAACGGAAACGGCAGUCCCAGUCGGAGUCUUCUUCUGGCUCCCACCAGUCGAGAAGGGUGGAACCGUGGCUGGAAAGGAGUGGGAGACGAGGGUAUCGGGGUCUCUAUGAACGUGAAGUCAACCAGGCGCACGAAGGGUGUGACUUUGUGUUUCUAACCGCCAAGGGUCCCUCAAAAUCUCAAUGA